GGCUCAAGGGAUUGAACAGACCUUUUAGAAAAGGCAAGCGCUUGACAUGCGGAGCAGAAGGCUUGGGCUGCUACUGGUGGCAGCAGUGCUGUUGCCCUGGCAGGAACUGAAAGACUUUGUUGGCCUUCAGCAUCGUGCGCGGCAGUCCGGUAUUCCGCGCAAUGCUGGUUUGACUCUGCGAUACUUCGAUGCCCGCGGUGCUGCGGAGACAGUACGCUUGCUGUUUGCAGCUGCCGGCAAAGAGUACAAGGAUCUGCGCUAUCCUAUUUCAUUCGGGACGCCGGGCGACUUCUCAACGAUCAUCCGGAAGGAGUUUGAGGAGGACCGCGACGCCGGGAAAAUGGACAUCUCCAUGGGCAAGGUUCCCGUACUGGACGUGGACGGCUUCUCCCUGCCUCAAAGCAAGGCAAUCGAGCGAUACUUGGCUCGGGAACUUGGUAUGAUGGGUUCAACUCCAAUGGAGGAGGCCCUAGUCGAUGCCAUGGCCGAGCACGUACGCGACAUCAAUGAUGCGUAUUCCAGAAAGGGUUUGUUUUUCAUGAAGGACCAGGAAAAGAAGGCAGAGCUACAAAAGAAGUGGUACGAGGAGGAGCUGCCGCUGCUGUUGAGUAAAUUGGAGACGGCGCUGCCCGGCAGCGACGGCUUUGCGGUUGGCGAGAAGGUUUCGCUGGCCGACAUUGCAAUUUUCAAGCUCUUGAAGGACACUUAUGAUGCUGAUGUGUCCGCUGCAUAUGGCGAAUGCCCAAAGUUGAAGGCUAUCGUCAGCAAGGUGGAGAAGAACAAAGGCAUCCAGACGUGGCUGUCUGAAAGGCCAGAGACGAUGAUUUGAAGUUUGGCCAGCAGCCAGGGAAGUCCUUUAAAGACUUACAGUACGCUCAGCAAAAAUGUUGUGGCUCCAUGCUCGAUGCGCGCCUUGUGCCUCUUCGCAUCCCCUUGUUCCGAUGGUCC